AUGAUCAUCACAAUUCUUACCACUUUAGCCUUUACAUUGCUUAUCAAGUAUCUCUUUUCAAUAUCAAGCAAGCCAAAGAUUCCACAAGUUCCCGGUGCAUUGCCUUUGAUCGGACACCUCCACCUCUUUAGGCCUUCACUAAAAAAGGCAUUCCACAUAACAUUAGGAGAAAUGGCAAACAAAUACGGUCCAAUUUUCACCAUCAAAUUGGGGGUUGGACGUUUUGUCAUUGUGAAUAAUUCGGAGAUUGCCAAAGAGUGCUUCACUACAAAUGACAAAAUCCUCGACGGCCGCUCUAAAUCUCUAGCCUCCAAGAUCAUGGGGUACAACCAUGCUCUUAUUUUACUUGCGCCUUGUAGCCAUCAUUGGCGUAACGCGCGCAAGAUCAUGACGCUCGAGCUUCUCUCGAAUCAAAAGCUCGAGAUAUUCAAACCUGUGGGAGAAUCCAUAUUGAAUGCGUUCGUGAAGGAGAUAUAUAAUAGAAAUAGGGUAUAUGAUGAUAAGAAUGUGGUGGUGGAGAUGAAGAGAUGGUUUGAAGACAUUAACAUGAGUGUGAUUUUCAGGAUGUUAGCGGGGAAGUCGUACUGUUCGGGGGAUUUAUUGGAGGAGGAGAAGGAGAAGAACAAGCGUUUUGUCGAGGCGCUCCAUCGUUUUGUCGAGUUGGCUACUAAUUCUUUGGUGGUGGAUUUAUUACCGUAUUUGGGGUGGUGGUAUUCUAGAGAAAUUUCAAGGGAUUUGAAAAGGAUGGCCGAGGAUCUAGAUCAAGUUCUUCAAGGAUGGGUUGAAGAACAUAAGCAUAAGAGGUUGUUAGGGGAGGGAAAAGGAAAGAAAGACUUCAUUUAUGCAAUACUAUCUAUUCUUGAUGAAGAUAAAGAGCUUCUCAAUGAUUAUGAUCUUGAUACCUUCAUCAAGUCUACAUGCCUGGCACUUAUAGUUGGAGCAGGAGAUGCUACAACUCUGACAUUGACAUGGGCUUUAUCUCUUUUGCUCAACAAUCCACAUGUUUUACAGAAAGCGCAACAAGAAUUAGAUACUCAUGUUGGCAAGGAAAGGCUAGUCCAAGACUCAGAUCUACAAAACCUGGUGUACCUCCAAGCCAUUCUUAAAGAAACGCUGCGUUUAUAUCCUCCUGGUCCAGUCUCUGCACCACAUCAAGCAACGCAAGAUUGUACUAUAAAUGGUUACCAUAUCUCCGCUGGGAUAGACAUAUUAGUCAAUUUUUCAAAGCUACAUCGAGAUCCGAUUACAUGGCCCGACCCAGAUGCGUUUCAACCUGAAAGGUUUCUGACAAGUAGUCAUAAGGAUUUUGAUUUCAGAGGACACAAUUAUGAACUGAUACCGUUUGGUGCCGGAAGAAGAAUAUGCCCUGCAAUGGCUUAUGGUCUUCAAGUUACGCAACUCACACUUGCAAAAUUGUUGCACUGUUUUGAAAUUGUAAGUGCCACAGGUGGACCAAUUGACAUGACUGAUUCUGUGCUAAUGAUCAACCUUAAAAAGACCAAACUUGAUGUACUUCUUUCUCCGCGGCUUCCUGCCCAUGUAGCUGUGGCCAUUCUAUCCUGGGAGACUGUCGUCUAUAUUCCUCGAAGCAAACCAGUGGGGAGGCGAUUCAGUCUUAAGGAGACAAAGACUACUCUGAGCUUGGCUUUUUACAUUCAAUCUCUUUUUCUGUUCCUCAUUGUUAUCACUAUGACUAACGUGGGAGAAAACAUGGCUGCCAACGUGGUUGGAGGAAACAUUCUUGUUGUGCCAACACUGAACUCCGCUGGAGUGAAUGGUGGGAAUGCUGCUGGUGGCAUUCAGCAAGUCACCGUUGCUGUUCCAACAACGUUCCAUGUCAACCCGCAUGAGGAUGCACUUAAGUUGGAUGACGCAGAUGUCAACACUCAGAAUGUUGCUGCUGUAGCUGCAGUGGAUGCAUGGAAGCAUUCAAAUUAUCUGUGCAAGAACACCAUUCUCAAUGGUUUGACCAACAGUCUGUUCGGUGUGUACAGUACUUUUCCCACUUCUAAAGCACUCUAG